GUUUUACGAUGCUGCAGUCUCCAGCCAGUUGCAUUGAAUAAAGAUGGCGGCCAGUUCAGAGCGUAGUCCCCCUCCCUUCCCCGAAUCCGAAGAUCAAGAACCUGACCCAGAAACUGGAGAUGGAGACAGCGACGAAGGAGAGGAUAUCUUCACCGGCAAAAGCAUUCCAGUACAAGCUGAGAUCGAGCCACUUGUGCAGGAAAGUGAUGUCAGCAAAGUGCCAUCUGAUAUCCUCAGUGAUCCACCUGCUGAUAUCCUCAGCGAACCACCUGCUGAUAUCUUCAGUGAACCACCUGCUGAUAUCCUCAGUGAACCACCUGCUGAUAUCCUCAGUGAACCACCAGCUGAUAUCUUCAGUGAACCGCUAACUGAUAUCCUCAGUGAACCACCAGCUGAUAUCUUCAGUGAACCGCUAACUGAUAUCCUCAGUGAACCACCUGCUGAUAUCUUUAGUGAACCGCCAACUGAUAUCCUCAGCGAACCCCUAGCUGAUAUCCUCAGUGAACCGCCAACUGAUAUCCUCAGUGUACCACCAGCUGAUAUCCUCAGUGAACCACCAACUGAUAUCUUCAGUGAACCGGCAACUGAUAUCCUCAGUGAACCGCCAACUGAUAUUUUCAACGAACCUCCAGGUGAUAUCUUCAGUGAAGAGUCUGUUACCACCACCACCAUCACUGCUGUAACCACCAGUAACACCGUGACUAACACCCAAACCAAUUCCAAGACAAACGGCAUACACUCAGAUGAUGAAGAGCAGGACAUAUUUGCAGAGGCCACAGUGGAGCUGUCCCUGGACAGCCCGGCCAAUGACCGCAAGAAGAGAGAACCUGCCAAGCCUCCCGCGUCCGUCCCCUCUGUCUCUGUCACACCCAGCUCAUCAAAACUGCAGCCCAAGUCCCUGGAGGAGCUGGAGGAAGAGGAGAGUGAGGACAAGUUUGAGCUGAAUAUUGCUGUUACCAACCCAGAGAAAGUCGGGGAUGGCAUGAAUGCGUACAUGGCCUACAAAGUUUCCACACAGACCACGUUGCCUAUGUUCAGGGGUAAGACGUUUACAGUGAGGAGGAGGUUCAGCGAUUUCCUGGGGCUCUAUGAGAAGCUUUCUGAGAAGCACUCGCAGAAUGGCUACAUCGUGCCCCCGCCCCCAGAGAAGAGCAUUGUGGGGAUGACCAAAGUAAAAGUUGGCAAAGACGACACUUCCAGUGCAGAGUUUGUGGAGAGGAGGAGAGCGGCUCUGGAAAGGUAUCUCCAGAGAGUGGUCCUUCACCCAUCCCUGUUACAGGAUCCUGAUGUCCGUGAGUUCCUGGAAAAAGAUGAGUUGCCCAGGGCGGUGAGCACACAGACCCUGAGUGGGGCUGGUUUCCUGAAGAUGAUCAACAAGGCCACAGACGCUGUCAACAAGAUGACCAUCAAAAUGAAUGAGUCCGAUAUUUGGUUUGAGGAGAAACUCCAGGAGGUGGAGGUUGAGGAACAGCAGCUCAGGAAACUCCAUGUCAUGGUGGACUCAUUGGUCAACCACAGGAAGGAGCUCUCGGGGAACACAGCUGUGUUUGCGAAGAGCGUGGCGAUGCUGGGCAGCUCGGAGGACAACACCGCCCUGUCGCGCGCCCUGUCCCAGCUGGCUGAGGUCGAGGACAAGAUCGAGCAGCUCCAUCAAGAGCAGGCCAGCAGCGACUUCUUCAUCUUCACCGAGCUGCUGGCGGACUACAUCCGCCUGCUGGGGUCCGUGCGGAGCUGUUUUGACCAGCGCAUGAAGACCUGGCAGCGUUGGCAGGAUGCUCAGAACAUGUUGCAGAAGAAGCGGGAGAACGAGGCGAAGCUGCUGUGGGCGAACAAGCCUGACAAACUGCAGCAGGCCAAGGAUGAGAUUGCCGAGUGGGAGGCCAAGGUCACUCAGUACGAUAGAGACUUUGAGAGGAUCUCCGCCACCGUUCGCAAGGAGGUACUCAGGUUUGAGAAAGAAAAGGCCAGAGACUUCAAAAACCAGAUAGUCAAAUAUUUGGAAUCUCUUCUGCGCUCGCAGCAACAGCUCAUAAAAUACUGGGAUGCAUUCCUACCUGAAGCAAAAGCAAUCGCAUGAUGGAAAGCAAGGACUUGGAGAGAAAAAAGGUUGCCUUUUUUAUACACUUUACCUCUCGCCUAUAAACCAAGAAAAGAAAGUCGAAAUGCUCUAUAAAGAGAAAGAGAUACAAUCUAAUCCAUGUUUUUUAAUUCAUCAUAAACCUAAUAGCUCUUCAUCUUAACUAUUGUAUUGAUAAUUGUAUAUUUUUCAUUUAACUUCCACAUAUAUUUUCUUAAUGACAAAAAACAAACUUUAUCUCUGUGAUGGAUAAAAGCUUGGUGGCAGGUGUUUUUUAUGUAUGAAAAUGUCUUUAUUAGGGUCAGGGGAGGGUACAUUUUGAGUGGGGAGGGGGGGGAUCUGCCCCAUCAUAAAAUCCAUAGUAAUUGUACCACUAAUUGUAUUGGUGCUUGUGCGGCUUGUAGCGGUUUUGGUAGGUUGAGAUACCAAGGAGGGAUAUUGCACUCUGAUUUAAAAAAAAAAGAUAUAUAAAAAAGAAAAAGAUAAAAGGUUGCACACAUUAGCAUUGCUAUUAGUUUACAAUAGAUGCAAGUCUCCCUUGGAGCAGAUAUUGUAGGACAGGCCAUCUAGUGGCGCGUUGUAAGUUUACACCCAGACGCUUCUCCAUCCUGUAGUUUGCUGAAUUGACACCCAGGUUUGAAGGGAGUGUGAUUUUUACAGCGAGAGAACAGUGGUGGCUAGUCAUUAACCCUUGGGGCUGUGAAGAAAUCACGUGAUUGGCUAACGGGAUUGCCCACACAUGCAUUGGCAGCUGAAAGUAAGACCCCUUAAUCCGCGCGGUGUAUUGAUGUGUUGAUUAUUUGUUUCUGAGGAGAAUGACCACAUCUCCUGUUACAGUAACCGCUUGUAAUUUUGACUUUUAAAUAAUGCACUGCACCUGAUCUUUCUCCUUCAGCAGUAAGUGUAAUUCGCACAGAAAAGCAUAUUUGAUGUCAGACUUGUAGAUCAGGACCUCUGUACACUGUAAUGCCAGAGAGGAAGAGUGAAAUGUCACGAUGAAACGCACAGUUCCUGGACCUUUCAAAAACAAAAACAAAAAAAAAAUGUUUUGAAUAUCCAGUAUUCUGUAGGUUAGGAUUAACCACUAAGUGUCAGUGUAAUAUUUUGAGUGGUCAAUGCCGCAGAAUUAAAAAAUACUGCUUGGUUCUGUUUGAAGUUGGUGUGGGAAACGAAUCCAGUGAGGAGCACUUGUGUUGUACUCUAACUGGACUAUUGAGUAAAAGCUUGUGCUGAUAUUCCAGUGUGCAGGGUUUGAAGAUGCCAGCUGUUCUUUCCCUUCACCAUGUCUUGCCUCUGUGGUGGAGUCUUCCCACUGCUUUGUGAAAUUCCAAAAGCAAAUGCACUUCCACACAGAGAACACAAAUGCCUGUAUUCAAACUGUAACAGUGACAGGAAAAUGGCAUUUAUCUGAGGAGACAUUCACAAUAUGUUUUUUGCACAUAUUUAAUUGGUCUUUGCUUUGUAAAGUAGUGAAAGCAGGCUGAAGUUGAAUGGUCUUGCUGUGCCCAUGCCCUGCACAUUUCUUGUCAGAUAAACCAGUCUGCAUGUCACCUGCUGAAAAUAGAAAAGCACUUCAACAAUGUAAAAGCUGGUGAUGCUCACAACAUGACUGGUGUAUGUUACUGAAAAUAUGCUGGGUCUUUAGUUACAAUUUGACCUACUACAGCCCAGCUAACAUCUAUUCACUGUUGAUAAAUUACUAGUCUUAUAUUAAUUAUCUCCAAUUGUCACUUUUUUUUGUUUUAGAACAUAUGCUUGGAAGUGUUGUGUGUACUAUAGGCCACUGUACAUGUCUAAGAUGCCAUGUGUUUUGACUUUGUGUUAAUGUUUAAGAUGACGGUUUGUCAAUUAACAAGGUCAAACCAACAGAAAAUGUCAUUCCUUUGUUUCUUAGAAAUUUGAACAGAGAUUAGGUGUCAGUCUGUGUCUUUCUUUAAUUUGCUGCAGCUCAAACCAUAUAAGUUUUGUUCUUCACUGUCCCUGUUCACCCUGUUUAAAUUGCAUACGUUUUUUAACACCUUUAUCGCAGUGGUGUUGCAGGACAUGUUGCUGAGAACGUGUUUUAUGCAUACUCUGGGGAUGUUUGUAAUAUGCCUCUUAUGUUAGCUCAAGUCAUGAAAUAGUUUGCUUUAACUGCCAUAAAUUAUUGGAAAUAAAGUUGGUUAAUAAAACUG